AUACCCUGAAGUGGUGAAGGUGAGUCUCCUUCGUCAGCCCACACCAGCACCCGCCCGCACUCCGCUCCCGACGCCCUUAUUGCUCGCUCACUUCUGGAAGCUCACAUAAGGACGUCUCCUCUGGUCGCGCGCUGGAUCCCUUUGUGUGGAAGCAGCAGAACCUAAACUGACCCCGCGCGCUGCUCCUCGUCCACCCUAGCAUCAAGCUCGACCUCAAGCCUCGUCCUCGCUGCCCUGAAGAUGACUCCAGUCGGGAUGGCAGUCGGGUUAGCGGCCCUCUCGCUGGCACUCCUGGCCAGCCCCGCCGCAGGGAUCCCUCCGUGCCAAACGCUGUGCCCCCAGCACUACCAACCUGUCUGCGGCAGCAACGGGGUCACCUACAGCAAUGACUGCAGCCUGAGUGUCGCCAACUGCAUGAACCCGCCUAUCACCAAGAGACACGACGGGAAAUGCCGUUCCCUUUGCCCUGAGGCGUGUGGGUACAACUACGAUCCCGUUUGCGGCAACAACGGAAAAACCUACAAUAACGAGUGCGAAUUGGAGAUGGACAAGUGUAAUGGCCGUAACCGCUUUCUGAGGAAAGUGAAGGACGGAGCCUGCAAUUAGGUUCUGAGUCCGAGGCGAAUGCAGCGGGAAGACUCCAGGGCGGUCGCCGGCGGCCACCUGAACCACCAGCUUCUUUGUUCGGUUCAUGUUACUUACAAAUUAUAAUGUAUUGUAACAUAAACGAUUGCUUAAACAGAACGAAUA